AUGGUGCGCACUAAAAUUUCCCGUAAAACCGCGUCCAAGCGUAAUCGGAGCAGUCAGCAAGAAGAACGUUUCGGGAACGCAAUGAGGGAGCUCGAUAUUAUGUAUGAAUCGUUUAUGAUAUCGAUAGAGGCGAAGGAGGCUGCGGAUCUGGAGAAACUAAACUGCAACAUCGGCAUGAUACGGAGCCGCAUCCCGAAGGAGGUGCUCCAGAUGACAAUGGGUGAGCUGCGUCGUUCCGGCUGCAAUCGGUUUGUAGAUGUGCUCAAAAUGGGUCAGGCCGAGAUGGAUGAGCUAGUCCAAAACCAUACCGCCACUUCCAACGAGUCGACCGACGACGAUCAGCUGCAGGUACCGGUACAGCGCGAAUCAUCUAAAUCGGAUGACGGGUACCAGACGGAAGAUUACGGCCCGCGCGGAUCCGCCGAUCCGCUGGCUUCAGCAAAAGCAUCCCAAAGCCGUCCGAUGGGCCCCUUGAGCUCGGCGAUGAAGGCGACCAAAGCGCGGCGUCGCAGUAACUCUGUGUCCGGCCAUACAAUGACACCCUUCAAGGGACAAUUGCAAGUGCCAUCGGCUCUCCUGUUUGGGACAAAAUCCAAACACCGGACACCAGCAGCUGCCAACAGUAGUAGCAGGGGUUUCAUGUUCGAACCAUCGGAGCGAUGCUCAAGGCCAAAGAUGCGUACACCGAUGCCGGAGCCGAACCGUAAACGACCGCAAACGGUGAGCACCGACCGGGGCAUAAGCCAGAUUACGCUCAAGGUGGAUCCGAAUACGCCGCUUACCUUCAUGCGCCACCCGAGGGCCGGUGAGAGUGUGUUCUCACUCACCGGCAGCCCUGUGGUCAGCGCGGCCACUUUCCGGAACACGAAGCACUUUAACAUUCCCGUACCGAACGGGAUGCUGUCGCUGCAGCCGGGCGAGCUUCUGGAUGAUGUCGAUCCGGAUGUACUGCCACGGUUCGACUCGGACACGCUGGACUAUCUGAAGGGCUUGCAGAUGAGUUUGAACAAGAUCAUGCGCUACGCCGAGGACUGUAAUUUUCAUAUGAAGUAG